AUGAACCGGGUGGGCUGGGCGCCCAGGCUCGACGACUACCACUUCAUCCUGGAGCAGUUUGCUGCGGUCGGGCAUUACAUCGGGACGCGCAACGUGCUGAAGGAGAUGAUCCGCGAGGGCUUUGAGCCGACGCAGAAGACGAUUGGGCUGUGUCUGCAGUCUAUUGCGUACCGGCUGAGUCUCCCGUGCAAGCGGAGGCAUCGGAAGCGUCUCGUGCGGUGGACACGAUUGGUCCUCGAUGAGGUUCUGCAGGAGAUGUGGACGAGGAAGAUCCCGUUCACGUCGGUCAAUAUGGACUUGGCUCUACGUGUCCUGCGGGAGAAGACAGAUGUCGAGGGUUUCGAGCAGCUUUUACGCGUCUCUUACGGCCUCGACCUCGCAAACCCCGACAAGCUCGCGUUGGAGCACGUCAACAAGGCAGAACCGACCGCGCUCUUGGCAUUCUCUACCGCCACCCUCAAUACCACGAUUGACACGCUAGGGCGGUUUGCACCGGUAUCAAAACUUGUCACAGCUUUCGAAGUGAUCACGAAUCCUCCUGUUGCGAGCAAUCCUCCCUUCGCGUUAGAGGACGACGACGAUGAUUUCGGAGUACCUCCGGACCCUCAGGCAACGCUAAGACCGCCAUACGCUGAGCCUAACACCAAGACAUACACUCUCCUUCUACAUCAUCUCUCCGCCCAGCAUCAAACGACUUUUGUUAGACACUAUUUGAUCCAGGCGAUGCAGGCCGAGUUCCAGAUGGACCGGCGAAUACGCGGAUUAAUCGAAGCGGGGGUGCCUCUGGAGAAGAUACCGUCGCAUAACAUGGCGGUCAACCGCGAUAUGCUGCAGUCUGUCUUCAACCAUGCCGUUGCACGGGACAAGGGAACGCUGAUGGAGUUUGUCGCGCGAGCCACCAAGCGGGCUCUGCGGCGAAAGAGAGUUUAUUUAGAGUACUACCAGGGUUUGCUGGAGAAGUUGUCCGCGGAUCAGCCGAUCGCCGCCGAGGCUGUCCCAGACGAUGAGGACGUCAUCCAGGAUUCUGCGUCCUCUUCUUCCUUGUCCUCGGAAGAGACCAGUCAACCUGCUUACAAGCCGACGUAUCAGGAUGCUGUGAUAUCCCGGAUAUUCGACGUCGACCUGGACGCGCCGCCUAAUUCGCAGGCGAAACCUCGAAGUCAUCUCGACAUCCCUACCCAUAUACGCAUCUUAUGGCGGGACAUCCGAGAGAUCUCGGAAUUUAGUGUCCGCGUCGAAUAUAAGCAUGAGAAGUGGCUGAACGCGCUGAAGCGAGACGUAGCGCGGAGAGCCGCGCAGGGCAAAUCUGUGUAUCUCAGGUCGCUGGGUAAAUCGGUGCUUGCCCCGCCCGAGGUGGUUCUGAGGGAGGACACGAAGACGUCGGCUGCGGAAGCCGACGGAGGGAAACGGCAGGAAGUCGAACAGGGCGAAGGAACGGAACGGAUCCCGACCCAGGUCAAGGAGGCAUGAAGGCGUGAUUCGUGCCCUUCAGUUCCUAUGACUUCAUCACGACCCACACGAAACCUUGUAUUUAUUUGCUUAUUUAUUGCCGCAUCAGUCGACACGCCGGUCAAUACAUCAACUAGAUGCUCCUACGAAGUUGGAAGAUCAACAACAAAAGCAAACUAUCUGGCCUGACCUAACCCCUCGUUUAUCCUGCGGUAGUCGACAGCAAUUCUGGUAUGCCGAGAUACCCUCUCCAAGCACGCAAGAACUGAUAAGUAGAGGAUGCCCGCUGUAUCAUAAUUCACAUGUACAUUAAUCUCGGCUUGCUUUGCAUGGAUGGCACAAUGCAGUCUUGGAUCGAAGCCCCUUCCACGUGAUCAAGCUGCGUCACUUUCACAAUUCACG